AUGGGGGUCGUCGCAAAGAAGUGGGACGACAGUGUCAUCUUUCUAACAUUGGCUGCAUAUUUGGUGCUUUGUGAUGCUCAGCCUCAAUCUGGUGUCUGUGUGAUGUAUGAUGACUGUGGUCAAAACCCCAACAUUCCUGUUAAUGGCUCCCUGAUCCCUGCAAGGAUACCCUGCAAAAGUUAUCAGAAUGCAAGUUUAGUAGGAGGCCAACACUACCAGCUGUUGAAGGAGGUUUGUCCUAUGUUGGACAGAGGUGAGGGUGAAACAUUUGCCUGCUGCACCAUUCCUCAGCUGAAGGCCCUAGAAAGCAGCCUGACGCUAUCCAAAGCAUUGCUGGUCCGAUGCCCAUCCUGUGCUUACAAUUUCGCUCACAUGCACUGCAUCACCACCUGUAGCCCCAACCAGAGCCAGGUAAUCAACAUCACCAGAACUGAGAAUGUCACAAAGGACGGAGUGUCGAAAGAUGGCGUGGUUGCAUACCAGGCCUACGUUUCCACUAGCUUCGCCGAUGCGUCUUUCAGCUCCUGCCAGAAUGUACGGAUUCCAGCAACAGGUGGAUACGCUAUUGCUACCAUGUGUGGCCAAUAUGGUCAUAAGCGGUGCACGCCUCAGUAUUGGUUAGAUUUCCAGGGUGACACAAGCAACGGUCUGGCUCCACUUGAUAUUGAUUUUAGACUCAUACCACCUAAUGAGACCUCACAGGUACCAGCAGGAAUGGUUCCAUAUGCAGGCUUGGCUAUAGGCUGUAAUGAAACAUCACCCUCUGGGGAAGCAGAGUGCUCUUGCCAGGACUGUCCGGCUACUUGCUCUUCAGAUUCUUUACCUCAAAUUUUACCCGAUGAUACUAGCUUCAUGAUCGGUGGAAUGAACGGCAUCCUCUUCAUCUGCCUCAUUAUCUUUAUAUUUUUGUCCCUCCUGUUCCUCAUUUUCCUUGUGGCGAAGUUUGCCUUCCACACCAGGAAGAGUAAGGUGUCAAAAAGGGGCAAAGACAAAAACGCAAAUGAAGUGGAUUAUAACCAAACAGUGGAUCCCAAUGAUGUCACAUGCUCUGAACGUGCAAGUCUAGCUGUUCAAGAAUUCCUGGGUUCACUCUUUCGGACUUGGGGAACUAUAAUGGCUAGGUACCCAGUGACUGUAAUUCUUGUAUGUCUGGUUGUAGUGAUGAUAUUUUCAAUUGGGCUGAUUUACAUAGAACUGACUACUGAUCCUGUUCAGCUUUGGUCAGCUCCCGAAAGCCGUGCUAUGCGUGAGAAGGCCUUCUAUGACCAGCAUUUUACCCCCUUCUUUCGUACCAACCAGCUGAUCCUGACAGCUCCAGGCAGAAAAGGCUAUGUGUAUGACUCCCUCCUAUUUGGCAAAACAAAGUUCAGUGGCCUCAUCUCUAAAGAGCUUAUUUUGCAACUAUUGGCGCUUCAAGAGAGAAUCCAGGCAAUUGAGUUCUGGUCUGAUGACCUGAACAAAACUACGAGCCUUAAGGAUGUGUGCUACGCUCCACUCAAUCCAGUAAAUCCUGCUCUUUCUGACUGUGCUGUCAACAGUCUUCCUCAGUACUUCCAAAACAGCAUUGAUAACCUGAAUGCAAAGGCUAACAUGACCGAGCUCGGUGUGACUAAAGAAGUUGACUGGAGAGAUCAUUUUAUUUACUGCGCCAACUCUCCACUGUCUUUUAAAGACAUCACUGCACUUGGCAUGAGCUGCAUGGCUGAAUACGGAGGACCUGUGUUUCCUUUCUUGGCCGUGGGAGGAUAUGAAAAUGAAAACUACACAACUGCUGAAGCAUUCAUCCUCACUUUUUCUCUGAAUAACUAUCCACGUGACGACCCAAAGUUCAAAGUGGUGCAAGAAUGGGAAUCAAGAUUCUUGAACAUAGUACAGGAGUACCAGAAAAAUAACAGCACUAACUUUACAUUCGCCUACAUGGCUGAGAGAUCUUUAGAAGAUGAAAUCAACAGAACUACAAAUGAGGAUAUCCCCAUCUUUAUGAUCAGCUAUGCAGUCAUCUUUUUGUACAUUGCCUUAGCUCUGGGGGAAUACUCAUCCUUCAGACGAAUACUGGUUGACUCAAAGUUCCUUGUUGGCCUGGGGGGUAUACUGGUAGUAGGCUGCUCGGUCCUGGCCUCCAUGGGUUUCUAUGCUUGGAUAGGAAUCCCAUCCUCACUAGUCAUUCUGCAAGUGGUCCCCUUCCUUGUCCUGGCUGUCGGAGCUGAUAACAUCUUCAUAUUUGUUCUGGAGUAUCAGAGAGACGUACGCCAACCAGGAGAGCAGCGAGAGGAGCAGAUCGGUCGAGUCCUUGGAAAUGUCGCUCCCAGCAUGCUCCUUUGCAGCAUGUCAGAAUCUGUCUGUUUCUUUCUGGGUGCUUUGAGUACAAUGCCUGCCGUGAAGUCUUUUGCACUCUACGCUGCUUUAGCUGUCCUCCUGGACUUUGUGCUGCAGAUGACUGCGUUUGUGGCACUGCUGUCUAUCGAUGCUCGCCGACAAGAUGCAAAUCAUUGUGACAUAUUUUGUUGUGUCACUGUAAAGAAACCACGUAAUUCCAAACCCAGUCAGGGCUUCCUUCUCCCUAUAAUGCGGAAAUAUUAUGCCCCAGCACUGCUCCACCCCAUCUCCAGGAUAGUAGUGUUCAUGCUGUUCAUCUUCAUGUUCUGCGUCUCCAUCUUCCUUAUGUUCUAUGUGAAGGUGGGCUUGGAUCAGGAGUUGGCCAUGCCAAAAGACUCGUACAUGUUGUCAUACUUCACCUACCUGUACAAGUACUUUGAGGUUGGGGUUCCUGUGUAUUUUGUCACAACAAAAGGAUUCAAGUUCGAAAAUGUCACAGGAAUGAAUGCAGUGUGUUCUAGUGUUGGCUGUGACAAGUUCUCCCUCACCCAGAAGAUCCAGUAUGCCACAGAAUUUCCUAACAGAUCCUACUUGGCUAUCCCAGCAUCCUCUUGGGUAGACGAUUUUAUCGACUGGUUGAAUCCUCAGACCCAAUGUUGUCGGAUUUACAGCUCCGGACCCAAUGAAAAUAAUUUCUGUCCUUCCACUGAGAAUUUCCUUAAGUGCUUGAAGAAGUGUAUGAAACCCCCACCCAAUGGCAUCCUCCGUCCAACUGUACAGGAGUUUAAUAAGUAUCUCCCCAUCUUCCUCAAUGACCGACCAGGCUUACAGUGUGCCAAAGGUGGUUUGGGGGCUUAUGACACAGCUGUGGUCCGGGACAAUGUCACGGGAGAAAUAUUAGCCUCUCGGUUCAUGGCGUAUCACACUCCCCUCACUAACUCGCAGGAGUUUACAGAGGCUCUACGCAUGGCCAGAAAACUUGCCCACAACAUCACUAUGGCUAUGAGAAAUGUGCCGGGCACAGAGCCUGACUUCGAGGUCUUCCCCUAUAGCGUGACGUACGUGUACUAUGAACAGUACACUAGCAUUGUCUUUGAGGGCCUGGUGAACCUGUCGCUCUGUUUGUUACCCACCUUCGUGGUGUGCUGCAUCCUGCUCGGCAUGGACCUGCGCUCGGGUCUUCUCAACCUCCUCACCAUAGUGAUGAUCACCGUGGAUACAGUGGGGGUCAUGACACUGUGGAACAUCGACUACAAUGCCGUGUCGCUAAUCAACCUCGUCACGGCUGUGGGGAUUUCAGUGGAGUUUGUGUCUCAUCUAACACGCUCCUUCGCCCUGAGCACUUUGCCUACUAAGGUGGAAAGAGCCAAAGAUGCUACGGUGAAGAUGGGCAGUGCGGUGUUUGCUGGUGUCGCUAUGACUAACCUGCCUGGAAUUAUCGUGCUGGCAUUCGCUAAAGCUCAGCUCAUUCAGAUCUUCUUCUUCCGGCUGAAUCUGAUCAUCACGCUGCUGGGACUGGCACACGGCCUCAUCUUCCUGCCUGUGUUGCUCAGCUUCUUCGGUCCAUCCGUAAACAAGGCUGUGCUGCUGGACCUACAGCGUAAAAAAGCCAGAGAGAUGGAGCAGCACAACACAGUAGUUUACAACAACGAUGGCUUUGAAAACAACGAGAAUCACAUUGGUUCAGAGCCCAACAUCACAAGGCUGCCCAACGCUGCUCCAGCAGGGUCAGAAUAG